UUUAAUGAAUGUGUAUUUCAGUUUAUAAUGCGUCAAGUGUCUCAUGUCUAUGUUUGCGCAUGUAAACAAACCAUGACGCAGCCCGAGUAACUCCUCCCACAAUGCUUCGCUCCUGAGCUAGGAACAGGGACGAAGGCGUAGUUGCUAAUAUCUAAACAAGAGGCUUAUUGCUUCGUUGGAUUGUCUUAGUAGAAGAUAUAGAAAGUGAUUUUUAAAUAAUUUUAUCUGCUAGAACUUAUUUACUGAUAUUAGGUACAUUUUAGCGUCUGGUGACUUUGUAGUUAGAGCGAGCUAGUUUGGAUGCUGCGGCUUUUGCGGCUGGAUAACAUCAGGCCACCCAUAGUACGAACAAAGGAAUUAUAAGCGAUUAGUUUUUAUUCCCAGUAUUUGUCACUGACAGUGCCUGUACGAUCGUGAUAGAACUAGUAAUAGCUGUUAUACGGCCAUCUUAUAAUAAUAUUAAGCUAUAUUGGCGAGCUUUAGCUACCUAAGCAAAAAACACAAUGAGCUCAGAAGAGACUGGAGCGGCCGCCAAACCCGCUCCCGAGGAUGACGGCAUGACAUGGUGGUACCGAUGGCUCUGCAAAAUUGCUGGAGUUCUGGGAGGGAUAUCUUGUGCCACUGCAGGAGUGUGGAACUGUGUCACUAUUAAUCCUUUAAAUAUUGCUGCUGGAGUAUGGAUGGUGUUGACUGCUUGUGUAUUGUUUCUGUGUGAAGUCCCCUUUUGUUGCCAGUUUGUAGAGUUUGCUAAUGUGAUAGCAGCUCGUGCAGACCGACUCAAGCCUUGGCAAAAGGCACUUUUUUAUUGUGGGAUGGCUCUAUUCCCAAUAAUCUUGCGAUUCAACUUUACUACACUAUUCGGAAAUGCCAUUGCCUUUGCAACAGGAGUUCUGUAUGGCCUUGCAUCCUUAGGCAAAAAAGGGGAUGCUGUGACUUAUGCCAGACUUCAGCACCAGAAACAGGGAGAUGAAGAGAAGAUGACAAAUGGAGCUCCUGAAUAAGACAAAACAAUAGCAUCUUAAGUUUAAUUUAUUUGCUUUGAUUUUCAGUUCUUAUACAGCCCCUCACUGUCACCCUCUAAUUACACCACUUGUUUUUUUCUGAUUCGUCCAAAUAACACUGACCUUGUAUAACCUCUGUCCUUUAAUUAAUACUUACAUUAUGGCAAUGAGUGGAGUCAGCCAUCAAUGAGUAUUGAUACCUACACUUUCUUUAAACAUUCUUUUAAAUGGGGUAAAGGUGAAUGUAUUAGGAAACACAAAUUUUAGCUUUUCUUAAAGGGGUUUUGUGUAGACCAAUAGUUUUCCCAUGCAUGAACGCAAAUAUUGGUCUCAUUCAGAUUGUUGACUAUGGGAUUGUAUGUAAUUAUCCAAUUUAUUAUAGCUAGUUAUUUAUUUUCCAUCUGUGGCAAAUUGAAGUAGAUAAUGUUUUUGUGCAAAUGAAGGGAAAUGGCGUUCAUUUAGGCUAGAUUUUGUGAGGGCAUUAAAUUAAGUCAAACUUGCACACUGAAAAUCCAAUUUAGAAUUCAUAUGAUUAUUCCUAGUGACAUUUACGCAGUGUGUGUCACUAGGAUUAACAUGAGACAGUCCAGGUACAUCCAAUCAGUAUAUGCCAUGAUUUGCCUUUGUCACGCAGUUGACAUGAGCAGUGGUGAGAAGUGAUGAUUGUGUUUGUAGUGUUGCCUCGCCUCUGUUGUGUCACCUGUAUUACCAAUGUAUGUUUACAUGUACCUCUCUUACCUUAUUCAAUAUUGUAAAUCUAUUUGUUACUCCAACUGUUACCACCAGCUCUCAGGUAUUGUGUAUAAUGUUACUGUUGUUUAAAGGGAUUGGAACAUGCCGCAAUUCUGAGCCUAAAAUGUUUGUUAAACAGUUGAAAUGAUUGUGCAAAUGUUUAACAAUGUGAUUGAACACUACAGACCAAUGUUUAACUUUGUCCUCUGAGAUAAGAAAAAAAAAAGCUUAUGAUUUUUUUCUUGCAAUUCACCCAUAUUUAUUUGAGUUCACUCCUUUGCAGUGACUACAUGUAAUGACUGAGUAACUGAUUAUGAAUCAGGGGUUAUCAAUGUUAAUUUUUGUGUAUAUGUUAUGUCAGCAGUGUGUGUGGUGGGUCCAGAUCUUGCUUUAACUUUGUGAAUUAAACAAACU